AACAACUCCCAAAUCCCUAAAUUGUUCGAACUAUGGCAGAUAGGAUCAGCGUUUUACCAGACGCAGUCAUCUGCUACAUCCUCUCUUUUCUCCCAACCAAACAAUCGGUUGCCACAAGUGUUCUCUCCAAGAGAUGGAUGUCACUCUGGCGCUCAGUACCGACUCUCCAUUUCUUCGAAAACACAUGGAACCAUACCCUUUUUGUUCAAUCCGUUUACAAAUUUAUCCUCUCUCGAGAUUUGCACCAAACCAUCAAAACAUUCAGCCUCACAUGUAUAUCUUCUCUUUGUUAUGAUAACAAUAUCAACACAUGGAUCAACGCUGCACUACAAUGCGGAGGAGUUGAGCACCUCGACCUCUGUUUUGACUUUACCAUCGAGUUAUCCUCUCCCAUUCUCACCCACAGAACCCUCGUCGUUCUCAAGUUGAGCGGUUUAGAUAUUACAACUUUUUCGUCUGUUGAUCUCCCCUCACUCAAAAUCCUGCAAUUAAGUGAAAUUAUUUUCGAAGAAAGUGGAUAUCUCGCGAAGCUUCUUUCUGGUUGUCCACUACUUGAGGAUUUGGUAGCUAAGAAUAUAUCUUUUCAUGACUCUCCAACAGAUGCAGAGUUUAAAAGCGUACCAAAGUUGGUCAAAGCAGAUAUCUCUAAAUUUAUUCUAUCAGAAGCAGUUGCAGUUGCCAAUGUCAAAUUUCUGCACAUAGAUUGGAGUGAUGAUAUGGAUCAGGGUACGAACCCCUCUUUCAAAGACCUUGUUCUGGUGUUUCCCAAUUUAAUCCAUAUCAAAUUCUACAAUGUUUAUUGUCCCGAGAAUUUGCCUAAGAUAGUAGAAGUGCUCAAGCAUUGUCCCAAGCUUCAAACUCUUGUCAUCGAUCAUGAUGGUUUCAGUGAAGAUGACGAAGAAGGAGGAGGAAAAUGGCCAUACCCACAAUCUGUUCCUGAAUCCAUUUCAUUACAACUUAAAACAUGCAGUGUUAAUAAUUAUGAAGGCUCAAAUGGUCAGUUUCGAUUUGCAAGAUAUAUAUUGCGGAAUGCAAGAUUUUUACAGUUCAUGACAAUCUGCACCUUUGACACAAAUCCACACGCAAAGCUUAAAAUGCUGAAAAAGUUAUCUUUAUGCCCAAGGUGCUCCACAACUUGUAAACUGUCAUUUGAAUGAUAGCAGAUGAGAUUCUGUGAGUAGUUAUUUGACGUCUGCCUUUUUAUUAGUAACUGCAAGGAUAUUGACUUUGUCUUUUUCAAAUCAACUGACCUGUUUCAUUACUGAUGAUUGUUUGUAAUUUGAGUUAUAGUAUACGCAGUCUCUGGAGAUUGUUUGUUAAAUUCAGAUCUUAUGCAAAACCACCAGGGUAUUGAGGUCUAAAUUGCAA